AGGCGGGAUUUAUUUGCAGAGAGGCUCGACUCCGGAAAAAGGGUCCCCUCUCCAUGUGAAACAUGGAUGUAUAAAGAGAACUGGAUACAGCGUCGGAGGCGGGGCUCCAUGCAUUCAUAUGAAAGCUGUUCAGUGGCGCAUGAAGCCAAAAAAGUUCGACUUCCCGGUAUAAAAUUACCCUAGAGAUUCCGCGUUGUGCGGCCCCACAGGCGCAAUCAUUUAAGCGAGCCGGCCAACUUUCGGUUUAACCCUCCGCUAACUUGAAUCGGGAUAACAUGAAUUAAUCGUGCGGCUCUUCUAGACUUUCCAAAUAUUAUCAGUCCGAAUGGAUCUAAUUCGCAUACUGAAACGAGUCAUUUUGCGGGGGUUGUGGCGCUCCAAAAACAUCCACCGUUUUACAGCCGCUUCUUUCACAAUGUAAGUCUAUGGGGGAAAAAUCUCGUGGGGCCAGUGUGCAUCACGUGACAGACCCGGAAGUUGUAAUGCCACCGCUUGGCCGCUAUGUCAAAUUGGCUUCAAAACCUAGCGCACUUCCUGGGGGCUUGGUGUGAAAGCACUUUUCUUUGACAGUCAUGUUUUUGUUAACAGUUAGACAGUGACGCAGCACCAGCUGUUAGCACCCGGCAACCUCGGGCUAUCACUAGGAGAUUUAUAUUUGCUACUUUAUUUAUUACUUUUCAUUUUAAGUAGUCUGUAGUCAGUGUUUAUAUCCGUAACAGCUCCACGAUAAACUUUUUAAAGUUUUGUUUGGUAGCUAGCCGGCUAACUCUUGGUGGAUGUGAGUCAGCUAACUUUAUACUAGGUUAGCUGUAGUUGUCAUUUUGAAGAAAUCCCUUUGUGUCAUCAUGGACCAAACUGGCUCUUACCCAGUGAAACUGUACAUUUACGACCUGUCCAGAGGCAUGGCCCGCCAGAUGAGUCCCAUCAUGCUAGGGAAACAGCUUGAUGGGAUAUGGCACACUGCUAUUGUGGUCCAUGGAAAGGAGUUCUUCUUUGUUGGAGAAGGCAUCAACAAUUGUUCACCUGGUGGCACCCCCUUGGGUGAGCCUGACUCCAUAGUGGACCUGGGCUCCACUGAGGUGCCUGAAGAGAUCCUUAUGGAGUACCUGACUUCACUGGCAGAGUCCACAUACAGAGGUGACAAGUACAACCUGUUUGAGCACAACUGCAACGUUUUCAGCAACGAGGUGGCUCAGUUCCUCACGGGCAAAAAGAUCCCAUCGUACAUUACAGACCUUCCAUCUGAAGUACUGUCCACGCCUUUUGGCCAGGCUCUCCGUCCCUUACUGGAUUCUCUCGUUAUAAAUCCUGGAGGCAACAACAUCAUUGGGCAGAGAUAGACAGGGCUGUGCACAUUCAAGAAAGUACCUUCAUUUAAGCACCAUUGAAGCGGGUGAGACCAUCAACCACCAGCCAGACCCUGAUAACAUCUCUGUCUGUGGUUGACAUGCUGAUUGGGCGGCCUUCUCUAUUCAGUUUCAAGUUCAGUUUCUGCAUAUUCUGCACAUCUGAGGUUGUAAAGUGUGCCAACCACUGGGGCCAGGGGACUAAAAGAGUGGAUUUCUACUCUGGGUGCGAUAAAUCAGAUGCAGCUACAAGUUUGUGUGUGUUUGUAAAGUGAGAGUACGUCACCUGGUUUAACCAAAUCAUGUCCUCCAGAUCUGUAUUUUCAGUUGUUAUUUAAGAGGCUGAAUUCAUCCUUUCCUGCACUGAGAGGCUUUUUAAAUAAACAUCUUCAUCCUUUACGAAGGUGCUUCAUUAUGACAACUUAUUAGGAAGAGUGUUACAAUUAGAUGAAAUUGAUUGACAUGUGCAGAAAUGUAUGUAUUAUAGAAUUGGUAUAUCCUAUCCUUGGUAUAUGCAGAACUAUAUGCACUAUAACAGCAAAGCCUGACUAAUCCUAUCAUACCUCAGCCUUAUCCUGCUCUUACCAAACAUUGGUCUUGUCUUCCAUUCUGUCACCGUAUCAACAGCUGACGGCACUUUGGGAAAAAGAGUGUAGUUUAAUGCUUGUUAUAAGAUUCCACGUUUCUCCCCAUCACUUCACAUCCUUGUGGCCUUUCACACAAGCUAGAUGGAAUUCACAAUUUUUUGCUUACCAUGCACAUCAGAGUUGAGACCCCAUUUAUUUUAUCACAAUUCUCAUGAUGUUUGAGCAAAGUUGUUCCUGAAUCUGUGUUUUUAACGUGUGCUAAUGGGUCUUAUAAAGUCCCCAACGCUUUGCAGUCCCAUAAAUGUGUUUACUUUAAUAACUGAAUAAAAAGGAAAAAAAUUAAACCCUAUCUUGAUCCAGAUCCGCAUCAAAAUACAAAAGUUUUCAAAGUAUUCAAAAAUAUUCCUAAAUACCACAAUGUUAAGAAAUACUUAAAAUCCAGAUUCCGCACCUGGAUCCAGAUCGGUACCAAAAAGUAGCCCCUUGUUCCUUGAUCCAUGGCCUUAUUAGAUUGCAUUGCAUACAAACAAACAUACAAGACCAAAAAGGUAACCUCCUUGGCAGAGGUAAUACAUUUUCUAUUCAGAAACCACAUUAGACCAAUUUUUUCCCCAAGGAGCUGAGGGUUUUAAUGUUUUUGUUGUUGUUUUUUUUUUUUUUUAAAGAAGUAGAGCUGUCAGUUUUACCACUGCACAGGUAUUGGUGUGGUUAAUACUUGUUGACAAUUCUCCUAAUCAUUCUUCUUAAAAUUUCAUUUUCUGUUUUGAUUUUUUCCCCCUGUGGUCAUUAAUAUGACAGGACUGCACUUCAAGGACAAAGCCAGAGUAAGUAAAAGUUAAAAACAUGAAAAACAGCUCUGAGUAAAACCCUUCUGCUGGCCUUUCUUUGUAUUCAGUGUUUUAAUAUACACAGUUUGACCAAAUCUAAGGGCUUAUCUUUAGUGUACAUGUGUAUCCUCUGAGAUGUUUACUUCAUUCAGGGACAUCUAAUGACCACUGAGCAUAAGAUUGUGUUUUGUUUUGUUUUUAAAUAUACAGGACCACUCAUUUGUACAUCUUUCAGGUGCUUCACUUGCCUAGACUUAUAAUUUGGUCCAUUUAUAAAGACACUCUGUUAACAUUAUGCCUGAUUGCACUGAAUAUUGCAGUUUUGUAUAGUUUUGUAUUUACAUGACUAAGCCAGGUGGAGUGAAUUAUACAUAUAGCAGGUGUUAUGCCAACAGCCACUUACCUGCAUUACUGCGGAGCCAUUAAUACCUCCUUAAAGAAAAACAUAUUGUUGAUGCCAUCACUGUCUGUAUUCUCAGUUUACUCUCAUUUACCUUCCUGAAUAGUUUCCUUGGAAUUAUUAUUUUGAAUAUACUCUUUGUUAGUAUUGUUUAACCUAUUGCUAAUAUACCUACUUGAUCACGCUUAAAGGGUGUCUGCAGGUUGUUAAAAAGUAUUAAAUUGUCUCAAAUUGAAUUUGACAUACAUGCACAAGGCCUCUAAAGUCACUUAUAAUUAUCUUAAAUUGGGACUGUAUAAGGUCUUCAUUUUUAUUAAAAGAUUUAAUCUGAUUUAAUUUUAUUUGUGCGCAUAUGUGACUAACUCUGUCAGGAAAAGGUUUGUUCUAGAUAAACUAAACUCCCUUUAUAAUGACCUGUCAUACUGACCUGCUGAUAGAUAUCAGUAGAAACUUUCACACUAUCUAUACAAACACUGGUCUUAAACUAAAAAUGGUGUUAUCAGUAUGACACCCUGCAUGUUGUUAAAUGUGUGACAUUUGAAGCUUUACUCAAGUUGUGACAUUAAAAUAUCCUUUAUGUCUUAA